GGAGUGUGAAGCGCCCCCGGGACGCGUGCUGCAGUGGUACGGCCCGCUCGGUGCCGCCGCCGCGCUCCCAGGCGGACCGUACCACCGCUGCUGGGCGCAGGUUGUUUGUUUGGGCUGAAAACAGCGGCGUGCUCGUUGCCGUGGGGAUGUGGGCUGCUGCCUCCCUGCGGUCUCGCUUUGGGAGAAGUCCGGUUAUUUGUGGGCCGGUUCAGCCGGAGCUGCCUUGGUCCUGGAGGGACGGAGGAGAGAAACCACCCAGAGAGCUCUGCCUGGAAGCAGAGAACCUGAUGGCCAAAGCGUUGUACGACAACGUGCCGGAGUCUCCCGAGGAGCUGGCCUUCAGGAAGGGCGACAUCCUGACCGUCAUCGAGCAGAACACGGGCGGCCUGGAGGGAUGGUGGCUCUGCUCGCUGCACGGCCGGCAGGGCAUCGCGCCGGGGAACCGGCUGAAGCUGCUGAUCGGCCCCAUGUUCGAGGCUCAGCCGUCGGCCGCCCAGUCUCCCCCUCAGAGCCUCCAGAAGGGCGGCUCAGGGGCGCAGGGGCUGUACAAGCAGCAGCAGGGGAUCUACCAGGUUCCUGCAGGCCAGGACGUCUACCAGGUCCCUCCCAGAAGCACCCUGGCUGCUGAGGGCACCCCCAGCAAGGUGGUGACGCCGACCCGAGUGGGCCAGUCGUACUCCUACGGCCAGCAGGACCUGUACGACGUGCCGCCCAGCCGGUCCCAGGGGGUGUACGACGUUCCGCCGGGUCAGACCUUCCCGGGUCAGAUGGGCGGAGCCAGAAACCAGGGAGUCUACGACGUUCCUCCGUCCCAGAUGGACCCCCGAACCCAAGGCGUUUAUGACAUUCCUCCGUCCUCCCAAGGGAUCUACGCGGUGCCGCCCUGCAGAACCAACCCGGACCUCCAGGAGGGAAACUACGACUUCCCGCAGCCUCUCAAGCACAAGCAGGAAGGCAUCUACGACGUGCCGCCGCCCGUCCUCACCAAACCUUCCCACUACGACUUCCCCCCCGCCGCCGAGCCCCCCGCCCAUCACCACCACCCCAACGGCACCGAGGGCAUCUACGACGUGCCGCCGCCCGCCCUCCACUCCGCCGACGCCCAGCGGGACGUCUACGACUUCCCGCGGGGCGUGAAGAGCGCCUCCGCCGACCGAGGCGUCUACGACGUCCCGGCGCAGGACGGCCGCGCCGUGGCCGACGUGACGGACGGCGUCAACCGCCUGUCCUUCUCCAGCACCGGCAGCACGCGCAGCAGCAUGUCCACGUCCUCGUCCUCCACGGGCUCAGAGGGACGGCUCUUCCUGGACGUGGACGCCGGCGUGCAGCGGCUGUACCGCCUGCAGCACGGCGUGGAGCUGGCGGUGGGCGCCCUGCAGUCGAUGGCGUCCUCCGCCCACUGGAGGACUUUCGCCUUCAUGGAGCGCCACGCCAACGAGGUGCGCGGCGCGCUGGACAGAGUGCGGGCGGCUCUGGGGGACGCGGUGGCGUUCGGAAGAGGAGCGGCGGCGAACGCCACCGCGUCCCUGUCGGACUCGGGUCUGCAGGGGAAGCUGAGGCGGCAGCUGGGGCGGCUGGAGGACUCGCAGCAGAUCCUGCAGCAGACCUACCAGGCCCUGGAGAGCGGCGGCUGGGCGCUCAACGCGCUCGCCUCGUCCAGGCAGCACCACGCCAAGAGCGACGACCUGGACCGCUUCGUCAUGGUGUCCAGGACGCUGCCCGACGACGCCAAGCAGCUGGCCUCCACCAUAGGCAGCAACGCCGAGCUGCUCUUCAGGCGGACGCACGGCGACGGCACGUUCUCCGCCGGCGGCACGCCAGAAGACAACCGGGCGCACGCGCUCAGCUCGCCGUCCUCAGAGCCAGACGACUACGGCGGGCCGGGCAAAGCUCAGCCCGACCCGGACAAGGACAACAUGAACCACAGCGAGAAGUGCGUGAAGAGCUGGAUGGAGGACUACGACUACGUCCACCUGCAGGGCAAAGAGGACUUUGAGCGGCAGCAGAAGGAGCUGCUGGAGAAGGAGAACAUCAUCAAGCAGAGCUCGGUCCAGCUGGGCCCGGAUCAGAUCAAGCAGUUCAGGAAGCUGGAGCAGGAAGUGAUCAGACCGGUGGAGAACGACAUCACGCAGUGGAUCCCCCCCGCCGACGCCGCCUCCACCCGCGUUGGCGCCCGGGACCGCCAGCUGCUGGGCUUCUACUCCACGCAGUGCGAGCAGCACUUCUCCACCCUGCUCAGCGCCGUCGACGCCUUCUUCGCCUGCGUCCGCGCCGGUCAGCCGCCCCGCAUCUUCGUCGCCCACAGCAAGUUCGUCAUCCUCAGCGCCCACAAGCUGGUGUUCAUCGGGGACACGCUGUCGCGGCAGGCGGCGGCGCCCGAGGUGGCCAACCGCGUGAUGAACUCCAGCAACGUGCUGUGCGACCUGCUGAAGACGGUGGUGGCGGCCACCAAGACGGCCGCCCUGAACUACCCCAACACCGCCGCCAUCCAGGAGAUGGUGGACCGCGUCACGGAUCUGUCGCACCACGCGCAGCACUUCAACGAGCAGCUGCUGCAGAUGGCCGCCCUGUGACGCCGCCGGCGCCGCGGACCUCAACGUGUCUGCGCUUCACGUACGACGCGCCGUCUGUAAAUAGUCCGUUGUGUAAAUAUCCGCUGUUCUCUGUGUAGAUAGUUUUCUAUUGCGGCCUGGAGAUAAACGUAGAGGCCGUGGGACGUUCCUCCUAACGUGUCGCUGCAUUUCUCUGUAAAUCCUGUCGUGUUUGUGGAGCUCGCCACAAAGUAAACGACUCUUCUUAACACAAA